GGACGAGGGGCGGGACCUCUUAGCCGGGAAGGGCGUUCUCUUUGCGGUCAGACCGGGCAGAGUCCUCCCGAGGGGUGGGUCCUCCGGCAGCAGUAAAGGAAAACCCACCUUUUUUCAUUGUUAAAGACGCGGUGGAAUGUGAUGGUUUGAUCUCAAACGGACCAGGGAGGGGAAUACCCGAGAGGAAAGGGCCGAAGAACGUGAUUUAGAGAAAGGGGGGAACCCAAAAAAAAACCAGCAAUCUGCCCCGUAUCCUCCAACUCUCCGGGUGUGUGUGUGUGAAAAUAUGUGGAUGAACUUGUCCUCGCCGUGUCGGCAGCAGCGAGUCGCACCGUCCGCAUGAGCUCCAGCCGUGUGACGCUGUGGAUUUACCGCUGAGUUUCUUCUGUCCCGGCGGGGCACCAGCCAAAGGAUGGAGACUUUGGGAAGAGGAGCUUAACGUGUGACAGACAAAAAGAUGCAUCUUAAAUAUGACAGAUUUGUCUGCUAAACGCCACUCUGAGGGAACUUCAAAGUCUUAAAGGGACAGUGACGGACAGACCGCUGGGAGAAAAGAGUAUUCAUCCCCAGAAAGGACUGGAUAACACUACCACACAAAUGCGGCCCUCCCAAAACAUUGUCAUCAAAUAAUCGGAACAACAAAGCAAACACAACAGAUAAAACACAAAACCUUUUGUAGCAAUGUCUGACCAUAAAGACAUGACCCAUCGCCACCUGCGGCACAAGCUACAGAAUCUCGGCCGAAGACUGGAUGAACUGGAAGAAGCAACCAACAAGCUGCAGAAGUCUGAGGAUGAGCUACUUGACCUGCAGGACAAAGUCAUCCAGGGAGAAGGCAGCAACUCAUCCCUGCUUGGAGAUGUGGAGGACCUUAGGAAACGUCUCCUAAAAAUCCAGGGUAAGGAUGAGGAGGUACGCAAAGCUGAGGACCUCUGCCGCACGGUCAGAGAGAAACUGGAAGAGGAGGAAAGCCUGACAAAGGAGCUAAAGGCCGAGAUUGAACGUCUACAGCGGAGGAUGGCAGAACUUGAGAAACUGGAAGAAGCUUUUGGGAAAAGCAAGUCUGACUGCAGCCAGCUCUGCCUGAGCCUGAAUGAGGAAAAGAACUUGACCAAGAAGCUCUCGUCAGAGUUGGAGGCUCUCAAAGCACGUCUGAAGGAGAUGGAGGGCUCUGAGACCAAGCUGGAGAGAGCAGAGCAGGCUUUGGCCGUGGAUCUUGAGAAACUCAAAGGAUUCACCCAAACCUUUAUGAGUGAGCGUAAGAGGCUGGUAGAGAAACAGAGGGAAGACGAGAAGAUCAUUCUGAAGCUGACAGAAAAGUUGGAGCACCAGAAGAAUUGCCUUGGCCUGGCUGCAGACCCUAGUCGUGCAGAUGUCAUGAGGUCACGAAUUGAGGAUGAGCUUUCAUCCACAGGGCUCCUCACGAGUAAACUGGCUGGACGCAAGAGGAGCCUUGAGUACUUGAAGCUGGCUGAUGACAAAUCUGAAAAUGAGAAGAACAGCGGUCUUGAAGGCUUGCAGGAUGAGGACAACAAAGUAAAGGAGCUGACACAGGAAGUAGAGAGACUGAAGAAUCGCCUUAAACAGCUGGAGAUCGUGGAGGAGGAUCUAAAGAACUCAGAGUCCAAAAAUGGCGAACUUCAUGAGAAGUUCCAGAUGGAACGAAACCGUGCUCGCCAACUGAAUGAGCAGGUGGAACAGCUCAGGACGCAACUGUGCGGAAAAGGUGGCAUUGGAAGAAAUGGAACCAGUAUUGUGGAUAAACGUGGCAACGUAAGCAGUAACAUUUGCCCCAACAACCCUGCUAAGAUCUUGGAGAAUGGCAAAGCUGAGAAUGAAGAGAUUGGCGUUAAGGGAUCGUUCAGACAAGAGAAGCCCAAAUAUAGGAGUGCUGCAACUGUCUCAGAGCCGAGUUCCCCCAAACACAGGAACAGGGAUCUCUCGCCCCAGCAUAAGAAAGAGACAAAGCUGAGGAGCAAAGAUCCCAACCACUCCGAGGGGAGCUCUCCCAAGUCUGUGAGGAGACCCCUGAGUCCUGCGCACAAGAGUAGAAGGACACCCAAAACCCCAGCUACUGCGAUUCCUUCUGAUAAUGGAACAAGAGACACGAGACGAGGCAGUGAGGAAAAGACAAGAGGAGCCACUCCCUGCUCUGUAAACACAGCUUCUAGUGAGAUUAAGAAAGCGCCUGUUCUUAGCCGCUACCCUCCAGCAGCUAAUGACCAGAAGCCACUUAGGACGGCUCACAAACAGACCGAUGGGGACAAUAAAAAGAGCAUAGUAGAAAAGUUUUCAAAGCUGUACGUAGGUAGUGAUAGUGAAUCAAACAACUCUGAUGUAGUGCUUGAAAGUUCUGGUACCAUCAACAGUAUAUCUGCUUUAGAGAAGGACACUGCGUCUGCCUCAGAUCAGGAAUCAACAGACCGAGUUCAGGAAUCUGUCUCUGUAUCUGUCGCCUCUACCCAGUCCAAAGCCAAUGGAGCCUACGCAGCCUUCAGGUCCCACGUCACUCCACUGUUAUCCAAUGACCAGGAGUCCGAAGGUCAUUCAUCUGCCUCUGAAACAGAAUCUACUGGUUCAAGGCCCUCUGAACCAGAGCCUGUAACUGAGACGACUACUUCAACUGUAAGCAGAAGAACUCCAACCUCCAAAUAUCCUAGAUACUCCCAUGUCCAUGACUCAAAUUCAGAGGGUUCUUCUUCCAGGAGCUCGUUUGAUGAAGAGCUCCACAACCGAACACUGUUCACUGAGGGAGGCCACCAGGGGCCCACACAUACAGCAUCGGGCAUUGAGAUCCAGCGAGUGUGCAGCCCACGUGAGGCUCUGAGGUCAAAAGCUGUAAUCAAGCCUGCGAUCGUAGAGAUCGACAGGAAGGAAGUGAUGAUGUCAGAACUUUUGGCUACAAAUGGCAAACCUAAAAUCUCCACCAAACCUAUCGUGACCACCACUGGUAAAAUGACCAGUAGUAUAACCAUCUACCCCAAUGACCCAAGCUCUUCAAGAACAAGCAGUCGCAGCAACAGCGUGUCCAGUGAGCCCAUGCCGAUCAAAGAACGCCACACCUCCACUAGUAACAUCCUCAUAGGUAAGAAAGGCCCCAGCAGUGAGCACCAUGGCAGCAUCUCCAUCCCAUAUGAGAUCUCCAUUCCCAAAAGUGAGAUCACCUUGCGGUCGUGCCCGGACCCGGACUGUAUAGUGGACGACCACAGUGAUGCGUCAUCAAGGUCAAAGCCCCACAACACUUCCAGAGUGGAGACCACCACCAGCCACUUGUGCUGCCAACGCAGCAACUUCAGCCUCCAGUCCCUGGACGCCACCUCUGCAGACUUCAACGACACAGAGUCAGGCUUUGAAAGCAGCAGCAGCAGUAGCACCACCACGGUCACCAGCUGGAGACACCAAAGACAAAGUCAGCCCUCCCAAGAAGACAGUUUACCAGACAUGAAGAAUGUGACUGUGAGAAGCACCUGGAAGAACAUGGGCACUGCGUCAGCGGAUGAGACGGGCCGAGGAAGAGGAGGCGCAAGGAUGACUGAUGGGGGGUCUGAGGAUGAAGCGGAGGGCGCAACAACAUGGAGGGCUUACCGGGCAACCACCUUUGAUACAGAAGAAGCGAUAAACAGCGGAACAGGAGGUGCUGGGAGUGCUGAGGCACAGAGGGGAGCCAAGCCGUCCCCUGCAGAGGUGUACAUGCGUAGGAUCAACAGUGUGGUCGAGGACCCCGUGCUUCGCAGAGGCAAACGCUCAACGUCUCCCACCAUGGAAGCAAGAGGCCUGGGAAGGACCAUACCCCACGCACCUGUUACCUCUCAGUCCUGGGGCCGAUCCUACACACAACAACCACCGGCUGCUGAUAGCGCAGAGCCAAGUCCAAACCCGAGCCACAGUCUAGCCUCUUGGAGGCAGCAGAUACCCAGCACCGACUCUCCUCACCUGGGGAGCUCUAAUGACCGGGCGUCCAAGACAGCGGGGGCCUCCUCCAGAGGGGAUCUGUGGUCCAGUCGGGGUCAAGGGUCAGGGGCCAGAGCUGAAGGGAGGAGUGGAGCGGGGAGCCGACCAUGGAAUCAUCAUCACUCUGAGCCUCAUUAGACCAGCUGGGGUCUCAGUAGGACUUCUACAGCAAGAGGACAGCACUCCAUCAAGCUCCCAAUGGCACAAGGAGGGCCAAACAUCAGUCUCCCAUCAACUAAUGGCUUCCAUCUCCAAAAGUCAACAUCUACAGCUUUUAUAGCAAAGAAAAGAAAACUAGCAGUUGCAGCCACACACACACACACCAACAAACCACAGACCUGACAUCCUUACUCUGACCCUGAGUGUGUGCUGAGACGUGAACAGCUCAUUCUAUCCGGAACUCUCUGUCCCAAAAGAGGCAUAAAUGGAAAGACAGUGCCUGUACGGUGUUUUGGAGGUCGCCUCACCAGCUCAUGUAUCCUCUUCUGCUUCUAGUGUUGGAUGUAUUAUAGUGUAAUCCUGAAACUUGACAAGGGAGAGGCUGGCAUGUUGUGGACGGCUGGGGAUUUUCCUGCAUCCAGAGAGGGUUUAAAGAGAUUUAUAGGAAGAACGAUGAACGUUGAAAAUACCUUUCUCAAAGGACACUGAAGGUGACCUCAAUGGAGCUGGAUAUAUCGCUUCCUCCAUCACUGAAAAAAGAAAACAACCCAAUCUUCAAUCAACAGCAGUUCAAUGUUUAAGAUGCGUCUUCAUCUCACAGGGCUGGAUCUUCAUGCAGAGUUCUUCACAAACUAAUAGAUCUUUAACUUUUUAAUGUGACCAAAAACAGGAAGCGAAUUAUUGUCUUUGCUGAUUCCAUAUGUGCAUUUUUUUUUGAUUUAUCUUUUAUUUUUUUUCAUCCAUAAAUACACAAACUCAUACAAACACAUGCACAUUUACAUAUUUUGGUUUAUUUUUAACCCACUGGCCUCAAAUUGGAUUUAACUUGGGGUCUUAUAUGUUAAGUGAUCAUUUGCAUGUUUCUAAGUAAUAAAUUAAGAGCACUUGAAAGUUGAAAAUUGUGACUCAGCAUGUACUCUGUCUAAAGGAUUGCUGGUUGGCUGCAUUUAAAGCGCGCACGCACACAUGCACAUGAAUUCUGAAAAGCCAGGACCUUAAGCUUUUUGUCAUUUUCACCAUUUAUUUAGCUUCUUUGUAAUUCGCUUCCUGUUCGGCAUUAUCCUUUCUAAACGUAGUUUGCACGCAAUGAAAUGCAAUGCACAUGUAGAAAAAAAAAAUUAUCUGGGGGGGGGAGAGAGAUGUUUAUCACCUCAAACCAUGCUACAAUUUUCACGGUGCUUGUUUUACAGCUCUUGCAAUUGUCCUCAUUCAUGUAUUUCUAGAGAGCCAUAGCAAAGAGGAGUUUCUGUUUGAACUGAACAUUGGACUUUGAAUUACCAGCAAACCUGGCCUGGCCUGGUGCUGCUGUACAUACUGGUGUACAUGCCGGCCAGUCAUAGGAAGGAACGAGACUCCUAAUCACUGGGAACUGACAGUUCAGCGUGUGUGUGUGUGUGUGUGUGUGUGUGUGUGUGUGUGUGUGUGUGUGACUGGGUUCGCCGUGCGAAUUGUCCCAGCGUAUCUCUGUUUCUUAAUUCUAUACAGGUGUAUCAAUUUGUUACAUUAUAAAAUAUCAAGGUGCGGUUGGUAUGUUGGAGCAAUCUCUCCAUUGGAGGGUGCCGCUGCAACAAUGGGGGUGCCAUAAAGCAGUUUAGUAGUGUAGUGGCCAGUAAUAAAAAAUAAGGGUCUUUCAUCGCGGUGAACUUCUAACAGGCUCCUGCUGGACUUACGAUCUGACGCACAACAUUUAUCGCAGUACGACAGGCGACGUAAACGAUGAUCCUUCCACAGAAUAUAUGAAUUUGUUAUUGAAUGCAGCUGAGAAUGACCAAUUGCUCGAUGCCCCAAUCUGACAGGAUCAUGGAAUCAUAGCUGUGACAACCUGGGACUUAAAAAGCUCCACCUGGCUCCUCUGCUGUUACGGAUCUCAAUGCUGUGAUGAGUCCGACCCAGCUGGGGACGGCCAUGUCUCACUUCUCCUGUAUUCUACCAGCCGCCAUCUAGCUGUAGUAUUUAUUAGUCUUCAUACAUGUACAGGUUCUUUUGUGAGGUCUGCCCGGUGGCAGGAGCCCAGUCUGUUGCCGCUUUGUCACUUUACUGUUUAUGCAAGCAGGAGAUUAUAUGCAAUCAAUAAAGUGUCCCCCCCCCCCCCCCCCCCCCCCCAUGCAAUGCUUGUAACAAUGUCAGUCAUCAUGCUUUUCAUGCAAAUCGGGGAUAACGGCAAACUUAAUUGUUUUCCUUCAGAAUGCACAUUUUCACUAAUAUCUACUUUUACUUUACUUGCUAGAAAUAUCUAAAGUGUGUUCAUCUGUGCCUUGAGAUGCAGUGAGAGAGAGAAUAUCCCAACUUAUUCAGACUUGCACCAAAGUCUUAGUCUUGCUGUGCAUAUAAAUGACAUGCAAUACUGAUUUGUGAGGUUGACUUUUAUUAUUUUAUAUUUUUUCCUCUUGAGGAUUGUUGUAUGAAACGUCAUAAAAGUAUUUUGGUUAAAGCGUAAAAAGAGGUUAUUCGAGGAAACUCCCCCCAGAGGAUGUCAGAGCAAGGUUCCUUGAGAAAAAGCUAGGUUUUUUUCUAAUCCAACUUCAAAGUACCCUUUUAAAGACUAUAAACCGCACCGCCCAAAAAGCUAUGUCGUUUGGAUUUGUCUGUCAGAGUUGCAGCCUCAGAGAGGAUUGCCAUGUGGCCACUUCAUGGCCACUGCAAAGACAGACCAGACAUGCUCUUCAGAUUUCCGUUUUCGUAUGUUAGACGUCAAGUGUCUCUCUCGCCUCUCUUUCUCAUACGUUCUCCGUUUCGCUGCGUCUUCCUCCUCAAUUCCUAAAGGGAAACCUAAACGGCAGUGAUUUGUGCUGUUGGUUCAGAGUUCUUUUAUUGAAGGCCCGUCACCGGGCUGUGGUGGCCAGCUCCCCGGGUAGCUGAAAGGUCAGAGGUCAGAGCUGCAUCUAAUCCUGUCUCUGUCUUGACUCAGGGCUUCUAAAUACAGGAGAGAGGAAGGCCGACAGCUUGGCAGUGAUCUCCACUCUAGGGAUAAUUAAAACAGAUGAUGGUAUCGAAUGUCCAGUUCUGCCUGAGCUCAUGCCGCCAAAGAUACACGCGGCGUGGUCAUCCGUCGGCGUGUGUUAUUAAUAUGUCAGCGAGGGCUCCAGUUUUAAAGCUCGCCAUGUGAACUGGUGUGUUGUAAACUGCUGCAGAUCCCCGAGUCGGCAUGCAGGGCCGGAGAGUGUUUAAUUUUUGAGGCUGACAUCACUGUGGGUCAGGAUUACUGUAUAUAGCAACUCAAUGAUGCAAGUGCUGACACAAAUGCCCUCCUUUAACCUUUAGCCUGCCUGACUUCCCCCAUGUGUCAACCCGUUUCCCUCCGCCCAACAAAUAGGUCCUACAGUUUCACCCGUCCUUACUACAACUACACUGUGGAACCUCACUUUCAUUCUCCAACCUUUUUUUACCCUCUGCUCUUAAACUUGUAACCCCACCCGCCCCAACUUGAAGAGAGCAUUUGAAUCUGGGGUCCCAGGAAGAGGUCCAGCUGUUGGAAACUGUAGUUUUUAUGACACGUUGGAGGGUUUCCCUCCCGGAGAGCGGCUUCAAAGAAGGCAGGGCUUUUUAAAGGGUUAAGUUGAAACUCCAUCCUCUGCUAUGAGUGAUGCCUUUCUUCCUGACAAGCCCCAAAGCACACGGACACCCGACUGUACAUCAACGCCGUCCACUGGAAUGCCGGGAUGAAGACCGCUUUAAGCGUCGACUUCUACGCGUUUUGGGCCAGAGGUCUUCUUCUGUUGCUCCCAGCGGCAAGAGGCUGAACAGUGCUGACGUGGUGGAAUGUACUGACUGCUCAUCUGGGACUCACGUGAAGACUUUACAGGUUUCAAAACGUCCACAUCUUUUUGUGGCGUGAUGAAGGGGAAGUCUCGGUGGCAGUUUUGCAGAACAUCGUUGAGGUCUGAUAGCUA